GCGCCGCGUCCAUGGUGAGCGUGCACGUGCAGCACCCGCCCGAGGCGUCCGUCACCAUCCACCAAGUGGAGCGGGUGCGCGAGGGGGAGGCGGCCCCCAGCGCCCCCCCGGGCCCCCGCGCCGCCCUCUACAGCGUGCUGGCGCAGAGCAGCCCCCGCGUGCCCGGCUACGGCGAGGGCGCCGGCUACGGAUACUGCUUCCGGCAGCUCCGCAACGGGGAGUGCAGCUCGCCGCUGCCGGGGCUGCGCACCCAGGAGAUCUGCUGCCGCGGGGCCGGCGUCGCCUGGGGCGUCCACGAGUGCCAGCCCUGCGAGGGGGACACGGCCCACCUGCCGGCGCCGCAGGACUCCCCCUGUCCCAAGGGCUUCCAGCGCUCCAACGGCUCCUGCGUGGAUGUGGACGAGUGCCAGGCCGGGGGGCUGUGCCAGAACGGGCUGUGCAGCAACACGCGCGGCAGCUUCGCCUGCCUGUGCCACGCGGGCUACAUCCUCGACUCGUCCCGCAGCAGCUGCAUCUCCCCCGGGCGCAGACCCCCGCCGGGCCGCCCGCCGCCCGCCACGUUCCCCCCGCCCGUGCCGGAGGUGUUCGUGGUGCCUCGGCCCACGCCGGGCCCCCCGCCGCCCGUCCCCACGCCGGCCCCCCGCGAGGGGACGGGCCCGGCGGCCGGCGGCAGCGUGUGCGAGCGCAACCCGCAGGUGUGCGGCCCCGGGCGCUGCGUCCCGCGCCAGGGCGGCUACACCUGCCUCUGCCACCCCGGCUUCUGGCUCAGCACCCAGGGCACCCACUGCAUCGACGUGGACGAGUGCCGCCGCAGCCCGCGGCCCUGCGCCAACGGCCGCUGCGAGAACUCGGUGGGCAGCUACCGCUGCGUCUGCAACGCCGGCUACCGCGCCGCCGGCACCGAGUGCCAGGACAUCGACGAGUGCGCCGAGCAGCCGUGCGCGCCGGGGCACUGCGAGAACACGGCCGGCUCCUACCGCUGCGUGUGCCCGGGCGGCUACCGGCCCGGCCCCGACGGUGCCCAGUGCGUCGACGUGGACGAGUGCGAGCGCGGCGACGUGUGCGCGGGCGGCCGCUGCGCCAACACCGAGGGCUCCUUCGAGUGCCGCUGCCCGGCCGGCUUCCGCACGGGCGCCGAGCAGGCCCGGUGCCAGGACGUGGACGAGUGCCAGGAGUACGGCGCGGCGCUGUGCGGCGCCCAGCGCUGCGAGAACAUCCCCGGCUCCUACCGCUGCGUCGCCCGCUGCCCGCCCGGCUACCGGCCCGGUGCCAGCGGGGAGUGCGCCGACGUGGACGAGUGCCAGGA